AUGGCGACGAGGUCGAAGUCGGGGAUUUACAGCAAGGAGCGAAGUGUUCGCAAUGCGGCAAACAAAUACCGGCGGGCCUAUCAAGCACUGGUCACCCUCGGGUACGAUAACGAGGAACAGCGGUUGAAGCGUCUUGAGGACAAGGAUAGCAAGAGGCAGCCGUCUUGGAUCUGGGACGAGCUCGAGUUCCUAGACACUACCAAGGUGUCGGAGAACUUUGAAUCAUACGCGGAGGAAGGCAAGUACAGGAGGGUGUAUUUCAUCAAGGUUCAUUGGUUCCGGAUGAGUGCGCUAAAGGCGAGGUGGGAAGAAGAGGUAGCGGUCGUCCAUGAAGAGAUGGCCCGUACGGUCCGCUUCUUCAAGUUUCACCAAAACUUCUGGCUCGAUGUCGGCAAGAAGCAUGAUGAAUCAGGGAUGAGGGGGCACGGCGCGUAUGCACGAAAGCAAGCAUACAUGUAUGAGCGACUUGUAGGCGGAUGCUCCUCAGCAUUCAAAGAUAUUCCGGAAAUCAGGGUGUCCGAGAUACACCACUACGUGGAAGAUGAAACGGGUUGCUGGAUCAAGUACAUCUACAACCCCGAAUCGAUCUCUUAUACACCGCGCGCAUAG